AUGAAUCCAGACUCUGCAGCUGCAGCUUUCACAAAGGCUCUUCGCAAGGGCGACAAAAAUUACGUUAGCCGGUGCAUAGCAACUGUCAGGAGAUUCAGGCUGUGGGAUUCCUCUGGUGAGCUGGGAAUGAGCCGAGCUGCUCUUGUCCCUGCUUCUCCUGGGGAAGAGUGCAGCGAUGCUUUGACUUGCUCAGGUUGUGAAGCCGUGCAGGGAUCUGUGAUGGGAAAUAUUUCCGAUCUCAACGCCGAGUUCAGAGGGGCUUCUCUUGACAAGCUCGUGACCUUGCGAAGCCUAGAAGAUGUUGUAGCAAUAAUGAUUCCUGAACCCAAAGGAAAAGAGAUAGUGAGCCUCCUGGAGAGGAACAUUACUGUGAUGAUGUACAUAACCAUCGGGACUCGCAACUUGCAGAAGUACGUCAGCCGGACCUCUGUGGUGUUCGUCUCCAUCUCCUUCAUUGUGCUGAUGAUCAUCUCGCUGGCAUGGCUGGUCUUUUAUUACAUCCAGCGAUUCCGCUACGCAAAUGCCAGAGACAGAAAUCAGCGCCGGCUCGGAGAUGCUGCAAAGAAAGCCAUCAGCAAGCUACAAGUCAGAACAAUCAGGAAAGGUGAUAAGGAGACUGAGCCAGACUUUGAUAACUGUGCUGUUUGUAUUGAAGGCUACAAACCCAAUGAUGUUGUCAGAAUUUUGCCUUGCAGGCAUCUUUUCCACAAGACCUGUGUAGACCCCUGGCUGUUAGACCAUCGUACCUGCCCGAUGUGUAAAAUGAAUAUUCUAAAAGCUCUAGGGAUCCCGCCAAAUGCAGAUUGCAUGGACGAUAUACCUCCAGACUUGGAAGGAUCCAUAGGAGGACCGCCAACCAACCAGAUAACGGGAGCCAGCGAUAUAACAGUGAACGAGAGCUCUGUAGCCCUGGAUCCCCCAGUGCGGACUGUGGGAGUACUACAAGUCAUCCAAGACGUAGACUCCUUUCCCCAGGCUGGGGAGGGUAACUUCACAACAAGCAAUGAACAGGAGCCAGCAGUCAGCAGUGAUUCAGAUAUUUCACUGAUUAUGGCGAUGGAGGUUGGACUGUCCGAUGUGGAGCUUUCCACUGAUCAAGACUGCGAAGAGGUGAAGUCUUGAAAAACAAACCAGAGAUCCAACACUAAACUACAGGGGAGGAUCACAGGGAGGGACCGAGUCAGCUUUCUAGGAUUUGGACCAGUCAUGCACAUGCCUCCAGAGCACUGUCACUCCUGCACACUCCAUUCUGAGAUGGUCACGAAAAGCAAUAGCAACAGUUGUGUCUGCCUGGAUGCGGUUUCAUCAUCUUCAUACGUUCAUUUUGUUCACGUGGGAGAUGAACGCUUCCAGUUUACCCACGGGCUUGAGAGCAGUCAUGUAACUCUUCAGUGGCUCACAAAUAAGCAACUGAAAUGACA